CCGCGAAUUCACCCUUAUGUUCAGCCAUUAAAGUCAGCUCUUUUUCAACAGGUUCUUUUUCUCUUCAUUCUACUCUUUCAGCUUCCAUCUUACAUAAUAGUUUUUCACGCUUGCUUUAAUGCGUUUGAUGCCCAAGUUUGAUAAGAUAUGCAAAUCAGCUCAAAAUACAAAGCACCCAUUUUUUUCACGUUUCUCCUUUUGCGUUACCCUUUGAUGUUAACUCUUCCAUGGUUGUUAGCUGAUAUUAUCUUCCCCUUUCAUCAAUCCUAUUAACGCUCUCUAUCUUGUCCAAUACAUGUCCUCGUGCUGUUUCUCUGGAUUAUAUAGUUCGUGGGUGUAUAAUAUCGAAGAACUCAAAGAAAGAUCUUUCAACAUUUUUGGGUUCACAGUAUAUCGAUUAAUUGUGUGCUGUAUGGUUGUAAUUCCGUGGCUUACUCAAUCUUCAUACCAAUGUGCUUGUUGUUUUCUGGUCUCCGUUUCUGCUUUUAUUUUUUCCUCGGCUGCACGUCUAACUCUGAUUGUUCUGUGUCGAUUUGUAUACAACAUCGUUAACUUUGAUUAUGAAGUUGGGUAGAAAUGGAUCUGGGGUUUAUUAUGAGUUAGUUGGCAAUUUCCCCCGUCAUGCUGUUUCCACAGGGAGGGUAUUUUCUACUGAGAUCGCAUACAUAGUGUUCUUUGUAUGGUAUGCUUGUUCCGAAGCUGCUUUAUGCAGUGAAGAAUGUUCUCUUCAAGGAGGAGUGGAGACUAGAGAGUAGACAGGCUGCCUUUGCUUUCCCUGGCAAAGUAAAUUUAUAGGGUUUUAUAUGGAGUUAGUUUGUGUCAAUUGUGAUAAUAAUUGCAUGGAGUAUGAAUGUAAUAUACAGUCAAAUCCUCCUAGUUCUCCUGAUAUAAAUGACAUAGUUGGAGCCCCACAGCUGAAUCCUCGACUUGGUGAUGAAUAUCAAGUGGAAAUUCCUUCCAUGACACCUGAAUCAGAACGAUUUAAACUUCUGAUGAAUCCUGCUGAUUCAGAAGUUGUGAAUGACAUGUCUCUUUCAUUUGCUAUGGGUUUGCCUGUCCCUCUCAUAUGGAUUGAUAAUGAAGUGAAGGAUGGUAGAAACAAAGGUCAGGAACAUUUUAGAAACAAUGAUGGUGCUGUUAAUGUACUUGGACCGGCAGAAACAAGUGAUGUGAAACCAAAUAUUACAUCAGACAAUGAAAAGGAAUUCAGGUCAAUCACUUUUAAACCUGUGACAACAGAAGCAAAAAAGUCCUGUCAACAAGGUCAAGGCAAAGCUUAUGGAUCAGCUCCCGGCAAACUGAAUAAUUCCUGGAGCAAUGCUGACAUUAGAAGUUUUCUCCUUGGCUUGUUUAUAUUUGGAAAGAAUUUCAUUCAGAUAAAGAGGUUUUUAGAGAACAAACGAAUGGGGGAAAUACUGUCAUUUUAUUAUGGAAAGUUUUAUAAAUCUGAUGAACAUAGAAGAUGGUCAGAUUGUAGAAAGGUAAAAGGUAGAAAAUGUAUGACAGGCCAGAAGCUUUUUACUGGAUGGAGGCAACAUGAACUAUUGUCUCGCUUAAAUUCAAAGGUUUCAGAGCAAGUUCGAGACACAUUGCUGCAGGUUUCUAAGCCAUAUGCUGAGGGCAGAGCUUCACUCCAAGACUACAUCUUUUCUUUGAAGUCUACUGUUGGACUGAGCACUCUUGUGGAAGUAGUAGGUAUUGGUAAGGAUAAAGCAGACCUUACUAGCCUUGCUGCAGAACCUCCUAAGAGCAACCCAUCGUUUUCAAUUCAUCCUUGUGCACCAACUAGCAAGGCUUGGUCUUCCCUUGAACCCAGUGAUAUAAUGAAAUAUUUGACUGGAGGAUUUCGGCUAAGCAAAGCCAAAAGUAACGAUCUCUUUUGGGAAGCUGUUUGGCCCCGCUUAUUGGCCAGAGGUUGGCACUCUGAGCAACCCAACAACAAUCCAGGCUUUGUAAGCUCCAGGGAUUAUCUGGUUUUUCUUAUCCCUGGUGUCAAAAAAUUCUCGAGGAGAAAACUUGUGAAAGGUGAUCAUUACUUUGAUUCUGUCAGUGAUGUAUUGAGCAAAGUAGUAUCUGAACCAAAUCUUCUUGAGCUUGAAUUUGAAGAAGGUAAAGUCGGAAGCUGCAAUGAAGAAGAUGGAUGGAUUUCGGAAAGGGCAUCGGAUAAAGAUGAUCAAUCUGAUAGUUAUCGCCAUUGUUACCUCAAACCCCGAGUUUCUUCUUUCAAAACGGAUCACAUGAAGUUCACAGUUGUUGAUACCAGUUUAAAGCAUGGGGGGAAGUCAUCUGAUUUGAGGGAACUGAGAUCUUUACCUCCUGGAUUCAAAAUAACUUCCCUGCAAACAAUUCAAGUGAGAGGAAAAGAAAGUGACUCAGCUGGCCAUGCAGGGGGUGAAAUUGAGGUAAAAGCUGCUGGUAAGGCUGAUAAGGGGGACAAACAUUUGGGUGAAGCAAACCGUAGGAAAGGUACAUUUGAUAGCAUAAGCCAAAAGCUGUCGAAGUUCACAGUUGUUGAUACUAGUUCGGUUCACUGUGGAAAGUUAUCUAGAGAACUGAGAUGUGUACCAGUUGAAUUCAAAGGCGCUUCUAAGAAGAUGACUGCUCUUUCAAGAGAGGUGGAUGGGAUCUUGUCUGAUUCUUCUUCCUCCUGUGAAAAGGAGGCUAUUACGCCAUUAGAUGACAAAAAUAAUAGCAGUAGUGUUAAUUGCCAUAGGGACACAUCUGAUGGUGAAUCUAUCAACAGAAAGGGGGCAUGUGAUAGCAUGAAUAAUAAUGAUCACAAAAUUGAGGAAAGGCGUCAAAGUCAAAAGAUCAGUGUGUCUGAUGAUAAGCAACUUAAGAAGACUGUAAAGCAGCAAUUCAGUCGGAGAGCAAGAUCUGGCCAUUCAACUCAUGCGGCUCCUCCCAUCAAACGUAGAAGAUUGACUGCUUGUGCUAAGGCUGAGACAAGCCGUAUCCUUGAGAUCUCUUCAGAAGACUCAAAAUCUGAAAAACCGGGACUUAGUCAACCAUCAUGCCUUCCUGAAGACAGCCAGGAAACCGCGUGCUUAAUUGCCUUUUCUGUUGAAGUUAUGGAAGAGGACAACAAAGGAAGCAUUCUCAACAAAGAUUGCCGUGGCCCGGGCAUGUCUUGCACUGAAGUUGAAAAAUGUGAAUCACAGCCACUGAUCAACUUGAGCUCACACCAGCUUCCACCUGAGUCUGAAAAUGGUGAAAUGAUGGAGGAAGAUGAGGAGCGCCUGAAGCUAAACGAUGCAAAUUUUACAUGUGAUGCUCAUGAGCAAAUACAAAAGCCUGUAGGAAUAUCUGGUGAUGGUGGUGCUGAUAUAAAUCCCAGGAGGCAGAGCACAAGAAACCGACCAUUGACAGUUAGAGCCUUGGAAUCUAUGGAAAAUGAGUUAUUGUAUGUGCAGAGAAAACAGAAAAAGAAGGAAGUGCAGACUCCAAAAGCCCCAUUCAGUCCAUGCCGGAAGGCACGUACCAGAGUCAAAACAACAAUGCAUCGUCAAAGUUCAAGUGGCGGUUCUUCUGCAGGUUCAAUGCAAGAGAAGCACUUGAAUGGAGAUAGUGAUGUUAACCAGGAUAUUAACAAGGCUCUGCAUUAGAAUGUUCCAUUUAAUACUUUAAAUUUUAAAGGCACCUAUGAUCGCGUUAGUUUGGACUUUUGGUAACAAUACCUGAGUGAUCUUUACAUAUUGUAUAGAAUUUUGCCAUACUUAGAAGAAUGCUGACAAGACCUCAGUUUGUUGAUGGUAAUUUUUUGUGCUCUCACAAUGUUAUAACAUGUCACCUUGAUGA